UUGAAAAACCGGAAAUUAUUUUUUGAAGCUAAAAAUUCCGGAAGUGCAGGAAAAAUCAUCUGUUUUGAGAACAGCCGAAUGAAAUAGCGGACGUGUUCCACCGAUAACAACACAAACAUACAAUAAUCAGUGAUGGAUCGAGGGAAUUUAGAGUGUGAUAAAAACACUGGUCAAAUUGUCAUUUACGCUACGUCUCGCUGAUACACUCGAGCUUCCUCAGGCUCUGGACAAAUUAAAUGCGUAAAAUAAAGAUCACAAAACGAAACCUACCCACCAACUAGGUGUAAUAAUUGUUGUUCCAACAAUUGUUGAUAAUUCCAAGGACAAAUGGUCGCAAUGUCGUGCAGUGGGAAAUAAAUAAAAAUCGGCUUAACGGUAUCUUCUCGCUGUCAGUGUUGAUUGUGAACAUGAGGGGGGACUGAGGCGAGCGGUGAAGUCACGCCAACAUCGCUGACAUUUCGGCCAAUGUGAAAGUGAACGGUUAAAAAGACGAUAAAGACCAGAUGAUUAAAACGAUGAACCGGUUGAAUUCUGAUAGGAGGCCUGUGGGCUACAGUGCGGCUUCGGCUCUCAACAGGGGAAAUUUUUCUCUCCAACUACAUCCGGACUACAGAUAUUUAACUUGAAUAUUUAUACGAAGACAAUUCACCAAUUUGUUUCAUCAGCAAUUUUUCAACCAAAAAAUUCCCUCGAAAAGUCAAUUACCAUUGAACUCUUGAGAUUGCGAAUAAAAAUGGAAGUGGAAGGAAUUCGUGUUCAGUUAAAAAAAUACCACCAGGAUCACCUCCUGAAUUUCUGGGAGGAGCUGACAGACCUCGAGAAGAAGGAGCUCACCGAUGACAUCUUCAACGUGGACCUGGCAGAGACGAACUCCUACUUCGAGAGGGCGAACGCCUCGUUGAAGAACAACAACAAGCUCCUGGAUGACGAGAUGAAGCCCAUAGACAGCGACAGGUGUGGGGUCCUGAACGAGUGCUCCGAGGAGCAGCUGAGGGGGUACGAGGAUCGAGGGCUGAGGGAGAUCGCGGAGGGGAGGGCAGCGGUGGUGCUGAUGGCUGGGGGACAGGGGACUAGACUCGGGGUGACGUACCCCAAGGGAAUGUACGACGUGGGGCUGCCCUCGAGGAAAACUCUGUUUCAGCUGCAAGCCGAGAGGAUCAGGAGGCUGGAGUCCAUGGCUGAGGAGACCUGUGGGAAGAGGGGGGUCAUCACUUGGUACAUCCUCACGAGUGAAGCAACCGACAAAACGACAAACGAAUUUUUAAACCGCCACAACUACUUCGGCCUGGAGAAAGAAAACGUGAAGACGUUCAAGCAGUGCAUGAUCCCCUGCUACGAUUUCGAUGGAAAAAUCCUUCUGGAUGAUAAACACAAAAUUUCGAGGGCUCCCGAUGGCAACGGGGGUCUCUACAGAGCCCUCCACCAGUCAGGAGUGCUGGACGACAUGAGGAACAGAGGAAUUCGAAGUGUUCAUGCUCACUCAGUUGACAAUAUUCUGAUUAAAGUUGCUGACCCUUACUUCGUUGGAUAUUGCCUUGACAAGGGAGCUGACUGUGGUGUUCUAGUGGUGGAGAAGACUGAGCCUACUGAAGCUGUUGGUGUUGUGUGUCAGGUGGACGGCCUCUACAGAGUCGUAGAAUACUCUGAAAUUCCAAAAGCCACGUCAGAGCUUCGUCGCCCAGACGGAAGGCUCCUCUUCAACGCUGGCAACGUCUGCAAUCACUACUUCACUGUCGACUUCCUCGUGAGGAUCUCCGAGUGUCACGAGAAGGACCUGGACCUCCACCUGGCCAAGAAGAAGAUCCCCUUCGUGGACGAGAGGGGCGAGAGGCAGGUGCCAGCCACCCCCAAUGGCAUCAAAGUCGAGAAGUUUGUCUUCGACGUCUUCAAGUACUCGAGCAACUUCGCUGCUUGGGAGGUGCCCAGGGAGAGCCACUUCAGUCCUCUGAAAAAUUCUGAUUCUGCGGGACAGGAUUGUCCAGCAACAGCCAAGAGGGAUGUGCUGGCUCUCCACAAGAAGUGGCUGCUGAACGCUGGGGUCAAGUCGGUUCUGGGGGAGGUGGAGGUCUCCCCUUUGAGGUCCUACAUGGGGGAGAACCUCAACGAUUUGUCUGGUGUCAUUCAAGGGCCUAGAGUGGUGGAAUAAGCAGGGGAUGGCAUCCAGGCUUUAUCUCUUCCAGAGAAUUUCGACUCUGGAAAUUUGAGGGGACGUUUCCCAGAGCCCAGGGGAAUUCCUCGGGGGUCUGGCUCGAUGACAGAUUUUUUGAAUGGUUUAUCUGGCUCCUAAUUCAGUCGUGAAGUGGAAGAGUGGAUUUCGAAGUGUUUUUAAUGGAGAUUAUUUGGAGGAAUUCAAUUCUUCGCAGAUAAAUCUUCCCAUUUUUUGUAAAUUUUUGUUCAACAUUGAAUUAUCUCGAUGACGAAGGCAUUUACAGCGAAAUGUCAAAAGAUAUUUUUUGUUGGAAAUUUAAUUCUCUACAAAAAAGGUUCAUGAGAUUUUUUUGGGAAUCCAUUCGUUUUCGAGUUGAGAGCAAAAUUCUCUGUUGAGUUUUCAAUUUUUAUGAGGAAAAAGUCAAUUUUUUAUUUUUGUUUUUUCUCUCUAUCUUGGUAAGGAAUUAUUUUAGAAGAAAGUAAUGAUCGACGUUUUUUGUCAAUGUUUUAAUUUAAUUCACGCAUGAUACAUUCCAUGUAAGCUACCCCAGCAGAAUCCACCAUAAUUGUACAUAAAAAGUUCUGAAUUUAAGGAUUUUAUAGUCGGAAGGCAUAUUUUAUUGUGUCUCUUCCGAAAUUUUGUACAUUUCUCCCUCUACUUUAGCCCAGAAUUGUGAAAUUUGCUACUGCAAUUGAAAAAAGAAAAGAAUUCUUAACGAAUAACUGAACAAUAAUUUGUAAUUUUAGAAAAUAAAGAGGAAAAAAUGAACUGCCAUUCGUUGAUUUCAGUUUCUUCACCAAAAAAUAGUUCUCAAAAUUAAAAUGAUGAAGUUCGAUAUUUCGAAUGAGAAAAAAAUUCUAUUCUCAAUGAAUAAAUGAGAAUAAAUU